UGGUGUGGACACAGGCCACCAGGGCCUCUUUCUGAGACACGGGUGUGUGCACAGUCUCGUUUUCAAAGAUGCAAGGGAUAAGAUCGGCCCGGUGACCCUGGGACUUUGCUCUGCUCGUCGACAGGAGCCAGCAGGGCACUUGUCUGUCUGGAGAAGCCCUCAUGAGACGCUCAGCCAUCCUCCUCAUCGUGGCUCUCGCCACCCUCCUGGCUCCGGGGGCUGGGGCACCCGUGCGUGGGCAGGGCCCCCGGAACAGGCUACUCCUCGUGUCCUUCGACGGCUUCCGCUGGGACUAUGACCAGGACGUGCACACCCCCAACCUGGACGCCAUGGCGAGACAGGGGGUGAAAGCUCGCUACAUGACCCCGGCCUUCGUCACCCUGACCAGCCCCUGCCACUUCACCCUGGUCACUGGCAAAUACAUCGAGAACCAUGGAGUGGUCCACAACAUGUACUACAACACCAGCAGCAAAGUGAAGCUGCCCUACCACACCACGCUGGGCAUCCAGAGGUGGUGGGACAACGGCAGUGUGCCCAUCUGGAUCACGGCCCAGAGGCAGGGCUUAAAGACCGGCUCCUUCUUCUACCCCGGCGGGAACGUCACCUACCAAGGCAUGGCCGUGACGCUGAGCCGCAAGGAAGGCGUUCUGCACAACUACAAAGACGAGGAGGAGUGGAGGGCCAACAUCGACACGGUGAUGACGUGGUUCACGGAGGAGGGCCUGCACCUGGUCACACUCUACUUUGGGGAGCCGGACUCCACGGGCCACAAGUACGGCCCCGAGUCCCAGGAGAGGAAGGAGAUGGUGAUGCAGGUGGACAGGACCGUGGGCUACCUCCGGGACAGCAUCAGGGACAGCGGCCUCGAGCACAGCCUCAAUCUGAUCGUCACGUCCGACCACGGCAUGACCGCUGUCCGCAGGGCAGCCGACGACCUGGUGGAGCUCCACAAGUUCCCCAACUUCACCUUCAAGGACGUCGAGUUCGAGCUCCUAGACUACGGACCAAACGGGAUGCUGCUCCCCAAGGAAGGCGUGCUGGAGAAGGUGUACGAGGCCCUGAAGGAUGCCCACCCCAGACUCCACGUCUACAAGAAGGAGUCCUUCCCCAAGUCUCUCCGCUACGCCAAUAACCGCAGGGUCACCCCCCUGCUCAUGUACAGUGACCCCGGCUACGUCAUCCACGGGAGAGUGAACGUGCAGUUCAACAACGGGGAGCACGGCUUCGACAACGAGGUCAUGGACAUGAAGACCAUCUUCCGGGCCGUGGGCCCCGACUUCAAGAGCGGCCUGGAGGUGGAGCCCUUCGAGAGCGUCCACGUGUACGAGCUCAUGUGCCAGCUGCUGGGCAUCGUGCCCGAGGCCAACGACGGGCUCCUCAGCACCCUGCUGCCCACGCUGCGCUCAGGCUCUGCCUUCCUGCCAAGCAGCCGGCCCCCCUUGGUGAUGGGAUUGCUGGUGGCCGCGAUUCUUCUGGCCAAGGUCGCAUAAUGCCCCACCACUCAAGGCCCACCUCUUCCAGGAAGCCUCCAGAAGCUGCCCACAAGGCCCUGAGGCCGCCUCUCACUGUGACAGUCUACUGGACGCUGAUGGGCCUCCUCUAUGGACCGUGCGCCACGUGCCUGCCUCAGCGUCCCACAGCCCCGCCCAUGCUUGGUCGUUAUGGUGCCGGCAAUAGGCCCCUGCCCGGGUUUAGGUCUGCAAAAGCACAGGCCCAUUAAGGGGUCCACCACUCCCAGACCUAUCCACCCAGACUCCUUCCAUCCCCCACCGCCUCCCUCCCUCUGCAGAGCCCACCCCACUAGCGGCUCUGCCAUCUGCAGCCACACCACAUAGGGGUGGGGGGUGGGGGGGACACACGCAGGGCAGGCGAGCUCCCAGCCUUGAGUCCAGACUGGGGGGAGUGGCCCCCACAGGGGCUGGCCAGCUCCCACUCCUGGGCCACCGUCACCGGAGGCAGAAAGCACCAAUGGGAAUAAAGGACAAGCCCGGUGGUUACCGGUCACAAUA